ACAGAACAUCCAAGAGUGAGUGAUCAGUUAUGGAGAAAGCAAUAUUAUUAUUAUCAUUAUUAUUACUAUUAUGCAGUGUUAAUCCAAGUCUUUCCCAGCUCUCAUUCAAUUUCUACGGAAUCUCAUGCCCAGCUGCUGAAUUUAUGGUAAAAAACACAGUCAGAUCAGUUUCUUCAAAUGACCCUUCAAUUCCAGGAAAGCUCCUUCGUCUAUUCUUCCAUGACUGUUUUGUUCAGGGAUGUGAUGCGUCUGUGCUGUUACAAGGAAAUGAAACAGAGAGAAGUGAUCCGGCAAACAGAUCCUUAGGAGGGUUUUCUGUAAUUGAUUCAGCUAAAAGGAUGCUUGAGAUCUUUUGCCCCUUUACUGUUUCGUGUGCCGAUAUUCUCGCUUUGGCUGCUCGCGACGCCGUUGAAUUUCUUGGUGGGCCGGCGGUGGAGAUUCCGACUGGUCGGAGAGAUGGGAAGGUGUCGGCUGUAUCUGACGUAAGGCCGAACAUGGUGGACACUAGUUUUUCACUUGAUCAGAUGAUUCAAACCUUCUCUUCCAAAGGCCUCUCCAUCAAUGACCUUGUCACCCUCUCAGGGGCGCACACAAUUGGAGCGGCGCAUUGCAACGCAUUCAGCGAUCGUUUCAGAGCCGACACAAAAGGGAAUCUAACUUUCGUGGACGGUUCGAUAGACGAAAACUAUGCGUCCCAGCUAUCCAAACAAUGCCCAGCCGGGGGUAGCCCUUCGGUCACAGUUGUCAAUGACCCUUCUACCCCUUUCCUAUUCGACAAUGAGUAUUACAGAAUGUUGUUAUCCCGACGUGGACUGUUCCAUUCCGACUCCGUCCUUGUGAUCGACGAUAGGACGAAAGGCAUUGUGUCUGACUUAGCAAAUGACCAAAAUAGGUUUUUUGAGAGCUGGACUCAGUCCUUCUUGAGGUUAUCUACCAUUGGAGUCAAGACUGCCAAUCAAGGCCAGAUUAGAAUAUCUUGUUCUUCUAUUAAUUGAUUGUUUUUGUUUUUGUUUACAUACUAUUUUAAUCAAUUCACUUGAGAGUAAUUUCUUAUA